AUGGCAGAGAUUCUACGACUCGAUUCCGUCCAGCAGGGUCUCCCCCCUGCAGUGCCGAGCACAGACAUUGAGAACUACGUCGCAAACAGCGCCGACCUGCCUGUCCUGGUCGUGCUGGACGACGACCCCACCGGCACACAGACAUGCCACAGCAUCAACGUCCUCACAGUCUGGGACGAAGACAUCCUCACGCGCGAACUGCAGCAAUGCGCCCGGGGAUUCUUCAUCCUCACAAACUCGCGCGCUCUUCCAACUCCCGAGGCGCGCGCGUUAAUCAGGGAAAUCUGCACGGCCGUGAAGCAUGCAGCAGGGAAAGCGCAUCGAUCAUUCGAGAUUGUGCUUAGAGGCGACUCAACCCUGCGCGGCCAUUUCCCUGACGAGCCGGAAGUCGCAGAGGAAGUCAUCGGGGCCGUAGAUGGCUGGAUCCUGGCGCCGUUCUUUCGACAGGGGGGUCGGUUGACGAUCGAUGAUGUGCACUAUGUUGCAGACCCAAAGGGCAAUAUGAUUCCAGCUGCUCAGACGCCGUUUGCGAAGGAUGCGACGUUUGGAUACGAGAAUUCGAAUCUGAGGAGGUAUGUUGUCGAGAAAUCUGGCGGGUCUAUUACGGAAGAUCGUGUGCAUUCUGUCUCGCUGGAGGAGAUUCGCACCGGUGGGCCUGAGGCUGUUUGUAAGAAGCUCCUUAGCUUUGGAAAGGGGAGUGUCAUUGUAGUCAAUGCCGUGGUUGAUACCGAUAUGGAGGUUUUUGUGCUGGGAUUACUUGCAGCGAAAUCCCAAGGGAGGACAUAUCUCUAUCGAACAGGCGCUGCAUUUGUAUCAACCAGACUGGGCAUCGCGCAGAUUCCCCCUUUAACCCCAAAAUCACUCGGGAUGAGCACCCACGCCUCUCAACCAGGCGGACUCAUCCUAGCAGGGUCCUACGUGCCCAAGACCACCGAACAGCUGCACUCACUCAUCGAAGGCCGAGGAUCCCGUCUCGAAAUCAUCGUUCUCAGAGUCGAAGACCUCCUUACAAGCCCCUCAGCCGCAGAGGAAGCAGCCCUAAACGCAGCCGACAAAGCCGGCCAGCUGAUUCUCAACGGCGUCGACGUCCUAGUCAUGACAAGCCGCGAUCUCAUCACCGGGAAUGACGGCGUGUCCAGUUUGAAGAUAGGCAGCACUGUCGCAGCAGCUCUAGUAUUAUUCCUGCGUCUGCUCGUCCCACGGCCUCGGUAUGUCAUAGCAAAAGGCGGAAUCACAUCUUCCGACGCAGCAUGUAAAGGGCUGCGCAUGCGACGAGCCCAGAUCCUCGGACAGGCUGCGUCGGGUAUUCCCCUGUGGCGAUGCGAUGAGCAGACCUCCAAGUUCUCGGGGAUUCCAUACGUCGUGUUUCCCGGAAAUGUAGGCGAAGUCAACACACUGCGAGACCUCGUCGCGUCAUGGGCGAAAGAGGUCAAACCGACGAUGGAAUACCAGCGCCUAGGCAAGAGUUCGCUCAAGGUCUCCAGAGUCAUCCUCGGGUGCAUGACAUUCGGCAAUCCCUCCUGGGAGGGGAGUCCCUGGGUACUCCCUGAAGAAAAGGCACUUCCUCUCCUGAAAAAGGCAUACGACUGCGGCAUCAACACAUGGGACACGGCGAACACCUACUCAAACGGGCUAUCCGAGGUGCUAGUCGGCAAGGCACUACAGAAGUACUCCAUCCCACGAUCAAAGGUCGUGAUCCUAUCGAAGCUAUACUACCCAGUAAUGGACAUCGACUCAAACGCACGCCCAAACCCCGCCGUCAACGACGGGGCCUUGGUAAACCAAAUGGGACUCAGCAGGAAGCACAUCUUCGAAGCCGUCGACGCGUCGCUGAAACGACUAGGCACAACAUACAUCGACGUGCUGCAAUUACACCGGGUGGACGAGACCGCGCGGUCGAAUCCCGAGGAAGUCAUGAAAGCCCUGCACGACCUCGUCCAGGCCGGGAAAGUGCAUUACCUCGGCGCCUCGAGCAUGCACUGCUGGCAGCUCGCUCGGCUGCAUUACACAGCCAGGAUGAACGGGUGGACGGGGUUCACGAGUAUGCAGAAUCUGUAUAACCUGCUGUACCGGGAAGAGGAGCGGGACGUGAAUCCUUUCUGCGAAGUCGAAGGGAUUGGGUUGAUUCCUUGGAGUCCACUCGCUAGGGGGUUACUUGCGCGGCCGUCGAAUGUCCAGACGGAGCGGUCGAAGAGGGAUGCGAAGACGGCCAAGUGGUUCGCUGGGGACCAGAAUGAGAGGAUCAUUGGGAGGGUGCAGCAGAUUGCGGAGAAUAGGGGGUGUUCUAUGAGCGCUGUGGCUAUGGCCUGGUUGUUGUAUAAGGGGGCUUGUCCGGUUGUUGGACUCAACAGUCUGGAGAGGAUUGAAGCUGCAACGGAGGCAUUUGGUAUACAUCUUGCAAAGGAGGAGGUACUACUGCUGGAGGAGCCGUAUCAGGCUUUGGCAGUACAAGCCAUUUAA